AUGGGGUGCGCCCUGCUGGCAAUCAUCCUAUCAGAACCCGCGGCCGCCUGCUUGAGGCGCCUCCGAGGGGGCGCGGCGCCGGGCGACGACGGCGGCGCGGAGGGCGGCCGGCGGCGGGUGCAGGGGCCGGCGGCUGGGAAGCGUGCGGACGGAGGGGCGGAGGGGUUGGUGGUGGAGGCGGAGGCGGGCAGCUCAGGGGGCGGCGACUGCGUGGUGUGCGUGGGGGCGUCGGAGGAGAGCAGCAGCAGCGGCGGCGGCGGCGGUGAGGCAGGGACCGGCGGCGGCAGCGGGGGCGCGGCCUGGGUACCCGAGGGCGCCGCUCCUGCCGUCAGCGGCGGGGGAGAUGAGGAGGCCGCGGCGGGCGCCGCCACUGGGGACGACGAAGCUGACUUGCGGCGGCCGCUCUUGGUGACGAACGGUGACGUCACCAGCGGCAGGGCGGGGGCAGGGGCAGCGGGCCCGGGGCGCCGCGCGGGCGGCAGGGGCGGCGGCUGCUGCGCGCUGAGUGAGGGCGCCAAGGCGUGGCUGCGGGUGCUGGCGAUUGGUUCGGUGGCUGGCACGCUGUCGGGCGUCAUGGAGGGUCUCACAGGUGAGAUUUGA